UUGUAUCUCGCAGAUACCCGUGAAGUAAAGAAGUGCGCCCAGUAAGUGCGGGUGUUACGAACGAAUUCGUUCCAUUAUUAUUUUUAUUUAUGACUACCUACUACUGCUGUUCGCUGCUGCUGUAGUUUGUGCUAUUUUUUUGUAUUGAUGGACGUUAAAUAAAUAAAUGCUCAAAAAAUAUUCCAAGAACAUAAAUAAAAUAACCAUUAAAUCAAUCAAUAUUUGAUAAUUGUGAACGGAAAUAAGAAUCUAAGUGAGACUAAAGAAAAAAAAUUGCCGAAAAUUAAUACCUUCCAAGGAAGAAGGCAAGGCAAAACAAAAAGACAACGAAGACGUCGACGACAACGACAGUGUGACAGCUGAAGAAGAAGAAGAAAGAAGUGAAGAAGCAGUGUAAAGCCAAUAUACAAUAAAACACCGACAGAACCAAAGAACACAAUUCAAAGCGGAACCGGUCAACGACGUUAGCAUGUUUAAAAUGGCUAAGCCUCCUAUGAGUCAAGGUGCAGCCUUGCAACAUCAUCGACAGCCUAAAACAACUCCUCUAAUAGAUGACUAUGAAAUUUCAAAUACGGUCUUGGGUCUGGGUAUAAAUGGAAAAGUUGUGCAAUGCACAAAUCGCAAAUCAAAUCAAAAAUAUGCACUAAAGGUCCUACUCGACAGUCCAAAGGCUAGACGUGAAGUUGACCUACAUUGGCGUGUCAGCGGUUGUCGUCACAUUGUCAAUAUAGUCGAUGUUUAUGAGAACACCUAUACUGGCAAUAAAUGUCUCCUAGUAGUGAUGGAAUGCAUGGAGGGUGGCGAACUUUUUGAACGUAUCCAAAGUAAUGAAGAUGGCGCAUUUACAGAGAGAGAGGCCGCCCAAAUCAUGCAUGAAAUCUGCGUAGCAGUUCAUUAUCUACAUAGUCGAGAUAUUGCUCAUCGGGAUUUGAAACCGGAAAAUUUGUUAUACACUUCACCAAACCCAAAUGCCAUACUGAAAUUGACAGAUUUUGGUUUUGCCAAAGAGACUUUGAUAAAGGACACACUGCAGACGCCAUGUUAUACACCCUACUAUGUGGCUCCCGAAGUCUUAGGAGCCGAGAAAUAUGACAAAAGUUGUGACAUCUGGUCCUUGGGUGUGAUUAUGUAUAUAUUGCUCUGUGGUUUUCCACCAUUUUAUAGCAAUAAUGGUUUGGCCAUCUCACCAGGCAUGAGGAAACGUAUACGAACCGGCCAAUAUGAUUUCCCCAAUCCAGAGUGGAAAAAUGUUAGUCAAUCUGCCAAAGAUUUAAUCAAGGGCAUGUUGAAUGUUGAUCCCAGCAAACGUCUACCCAUUGAACAAGUUAUGCGCAACAAAUGGAUUGCCCAAUAUACAGAGGUGCCACAAACACCACUGUGUACUGGACGCAUGUUGAAAGAAGGCGAAGAAACAUGGCCGGAGGUUCAAGAAGAAAUGACCAGAUCAUUGGCAACAAUGCGUGUGGAUUAUGAUCAGACACACAUAAAGGCUUUGGAUAAAUCAAACAACCCCCUGCUAAGUAAAAGACGAAAAAAGAUUGAAGGUAUUGCAGCUGCUCAAAAUAAUAAGUAAACCACCAGUCACUAUGUCACCUGUGCUAUUCUUGUUGGUUUCAUACUUACUACAAAACAUUGGUUGGUAAACGUUACAUACUACAGAACGAUUUAAUAAGUUAUUAAUUAUGAAAAUAAAACAUGAGAGGAGAGAAGAUUAAAAGAAAUGAACAUAAACACAAUAAGCAAAAAAACAAAUAAUUCUUAAAAAAUAUGUAUGUCCUACAUUUUGCUACUAAACAUUAUGAGUCCUGUUCUGGUUUUCGAUUGGCAAAACGAAGGAAAAUUUUUGCCUUUUAUUCCCAAACGGUGUGAUUUCACUUGAAAGUCGUCUUACUAUACAGUGCGCGAAAUAAGUAUAGGUUCACUCAAAAAUACAAUGAAAAAAGCGAAAAUGCAAGAAAUUGAUUUGGAAUUAUUUAGUAUUUAUCAGGAUUCGCUGAAUAAGAUUAAGCCAAGCGAUCAGCCGACAAACAUUUUUUUUUAAUUUUUGGCAGUACUUGGCAUUGAGGAAGUCAACUUGUUCUCUUCAAUCUUUGUUUUACGUUUACGUUUUCUCCUACAUGAUGACAUUUUCAAUCGGCAGAUUUGACAUCCCUUAUAAUGUUCAUGGGGCCUAUCCACUUUAUGUUUUCGCAAGUGACUCAAGGCGGAUUUAAAAAGGUAAUCUCACGCGAACAGCUGUUAGCAGCCGGCCAGCUUUGACGGUAUUAAGAUGAAAGAUUUUUGUUUGCAUUCUCAUUGUUGUUAUCUUCUUUCUCGCAUAUUCUCUGCUCAUAUACGCACACGUAUACACACACGCACACAAAUUUAUUUGCGUAUGUUGUCAAAGGUACGAUCAGAUUAAUGACAACAUGGCAGAUUGCACCAUAUGAUUUGUGGUUGUUGUACAAAUGAGACCACCUUUAAUUGUUUCGCCAUGCAAGUGACCUAACCUUUUAUAAGUGAAACCUGAGUAUUUAUGAGCGUGUUCAUGGUAAAAUUAAGAGUCAGCGUCAUCAGCACAACAAAAAAAAUAUACCCCCAACGAAACUACCUUGAAUGGCAAAUGCCGUAAAUUGAAAUGUCAACUUGUUUUUAGAAGUAAACUUUGUUUUACAACUUAUCUUCUUCAUAUAUGCUUUAUAUUUGUAUUUUCAUCAUUAUCAAACUGUUUUGUAGCUUAUGUGUGGAAUAUCGGACCAAAUAGAACAUCUUUUUAAGAUUUUAGAAAUAAAAAUGCACAGCUGUCUUGUCAAACCUUUGACAUUUAUAUUUACUACAAAAUCAACAAAAAUAAAAAAAUUGUACUCAGCUGUUUGUAUUACCUCACCUUAUAAGUGCAUCCUGAAUAGAGUUAGUUAUUUAUAAAAACUUAACCUUAAUUAGCAAAAAUACUUCAAAUUCCAAGAA